AUGAAUCAAGUGAGAGAUUUGGCGAAUUCAGCGAAUAAUGGAAGCGAUAUGUGGAUGGGAAGUCAACAAAUCACUGAUCAUGUAAUACGUCCGAAUACAUCUGUGAGUUACGACAGUGGUAUUGACGUUGGGAUCAAUGUACCGGUGGACCGUAUGACUGGUGCGGAUCCGUCGGAUCAAUCGAGUUAUAUUUCAGCGACUGAGCAUAUACUGCAUCGCAUGUAUCUCAUGAAUCUUUCAUCUGAUGAACCAAAUAAUAAUGAAGAUGAAAAUAAGGAGAAUAUUUCUCCAAUUUCCGGACCACUUCAUAAUGUCAGGGCGAGUACUCCCAUUCGUCGGAAUCCGCAAUCCGCUAACACGCAAAACAUUGUUCGAAUUUUUUCACGGUCCACGCGUAACGAGCAGGAAAGGGAGCAUAGACCAUCCAGCUCUUCAUCUGCUUUAUUACGCUCACCGUUUCGUUUGCCUGACUUGUCUCCUAUUCGGGCAACACCCAGACGCUCGCAAAUGCGACGCCGGGCUAGAACAAUAGCAAUGGAGGAAGCAGUGGAUGUCGUACCUUUGGAAGAUUUGCCAGAAAUAAAUCCUUUUGGACCAAAUGGUACCCCACCGCGAACGCCAUCUCCGCUUUCUGAAAUUCAUAGUGACUCGGGACAUGGGAAUUCGAACGAAAAUCUCAACAACGAGCGGAACGCAAAUGAACGUGGUAUGACUACCGGGGCUGCACAUAUGGCAACAAUCAUAGGCUUUGUUACGCCACCAUCUAGACCUCUGCCGCCACCCAUGGCUCCUAGAAAAAAGAAGGUCGAUAGAAGAUCUGUGCCAGAUACUGGUAGUCCUUCAUUUUUUCCAAAAACUACGGCACGUUUAGGAUUGCGCGAAUCACAUGUUAAAAGGUUUGUGCCCUCUCCUAUUAAUACCAAUGCGUCGUCCAUGAUACUUCGAUCAGCGAUGAAGCCACGUCGUUCAACACGUACCAAAAGAAUGCCGAUCCGUUACAAUUGUGAUCGUCCUGAUUUACAUAAGAAACCAAGAAAAGCAUAA